AUGACGGCCGGAAUAGUGAAUUUCAGUGCAACUUUGGCAUUUCACGAGUCCUUGAAGUUUUUGAGAGUAAAUCCUAUUCGUGUAUCUCAGUAUCGUGCUCAAAUGAGGAGCUGGAAUGUUGAUGAGGAGCUAAAGCAAGCACAUAAGCUUAUUAAGUGUCUCGUUGAAGAGAUUGAUUACAAAAAUCAUAAGUUGUCCAUUAUGCAGCUUAAUUACGAGGAAACAAUUGCAGAUAUACGCAAAGUUGUUAUUAGACUUACACAGAUGAUUGAUUCCAAAGACAGAAAUUUGUUGGAAUUGGAAGAGAGGUAUCGGGAGAGUUCUGCAGCUGUGAGCUGGUUGAUGAAUGAGAAAGCCAUGCAAGUUGAAGUAUAUACAAAAGAAACCAGAAUAUUAAAGUCCCCUGAUGCUAUGCUAAGGAAUGACAUCGAAUGUCAAAAGAAAAAUUUCAAGCCGCUAGCCAAAGAAUUGGAGGAGUGCAAGGCACGGGAUGAUAUGGAGGCAACUACUUUAGUGGAUGAAAUAGAAAGGAACAACAUGGAAUGUCAAGAAAAUGUGUUCGAACAGCUAAACAAAGAGCUGCAGGAGUGCAAGGACCAGAAUGAUAUGGAGAGAACGUUGGUGGAUGAGAUAAAGAAGAACAGCAUUGAAUGUCAAAAGAAAAAGCUCGAGCAACAAACCAAAGAACUGGAUGAUCACAAGGCCCAGAAUGAUAUGGAGAGAGGAACUUCAUUGGAUGAGAUAGAUAGGAAUAACAUGGAAUGUCAAAAGAGAGAGAUUGAGCAUCUAACCAAAGAACUGGAUCAGUGUCAGUAUAAAAUGGAAAGUCAAAAGAGAGAGCUUGAGCAGCUAACCAAAGAACUGGAAGAAUGCAAGGUCCAGAAUGACCGGGAAAGGAAAAUUUUAUUGCAUGAUAUAGAAAAGUUGAAAGGAACCCUGCAGAGUCAAAAUUCAAUAGAAAGUUCAAGUUAUUCAAAUGCUGAGAUUGAUGCUCUGAGAAAUGAUUUAAAGGAAAAGGAAGAUGCAUUGCAAUACAUGGAAAGCCUUAAUCACACUUUGAUAGCUAAGAAGUCUAUGAGUAACAAAGAACUGCAUGACGCUCGCAAAGAAUCCAUCAGUGUUUUGCAAGAUAUGUUGAACUGCAGAACAACGCUUGGAAUCAAACGAAUGGGGGAAGUUGAUCGCAAAGCGUUUGAAGAGACAUGCUUGCUUAAAUUCCCUAAUGAAGACGUGGAAGACGUAUCUGCUAAACUAUGUUCAUUAUGGGAAGAAAGUGUGAAAGAUCCACACUGGCAUCCUUUUAAGAAAGCAGUUGUCAAAGGCCAACUGCAAGAAAUAUUAGAUGAUAAUGAUGAAAAGUUGAAAGGGCUGAGAAAUGAAUAUGGCGAGGUUGUACAUGAAGCUGUAACGAAUGCAUUACUGGAAUUGAACGAGUACAAUCCAAGUGGGAGGUAUCCAGUUAAACCAGCUGUGGAUACGGUGGCUGCGUCAGCUGCUCGUUUGUUGGAGGUAAUUCCAUUUGCAGUAACGUCUGCUGUGGAUAAUAUCUAA